UUAAAUGAACUCCAGCGCCCCGACGGGCUGAUCAGGGCAUCAUCUUUUAACUAAAAAUCUCGUUGUCGUCACCGUUGGACCGUGGUGGACGAUCUUCUUCGCACUCCAUCCACUCACUACCAGUACCCAGCAACAACUCCAGUCUCGAUCGGCGGAAACAUCAACUCGUCCACGCUCGUCGUGCUCGUCCUUUUCCUUGCCCUGCAGUGCCCUGCCACACUUCAAACCUUGUGCGACCUGCAUCAUAGGUCGCCCCGCGCCUGGCAGAUCCUGCAGCUGCCCGAUAUUCACUGGGGCUCAAAGCAUCGCCGUCUCCGUUUUCGCAACGGUACUUGCCAUGAACUAAGACUCUUCUCCUCUCUCACCCAAACAAACACGGUACCCGUCCCAUGGAUACGCCUCCUUCGAAACGAAAGUCCCCUGCCUACGAUGAUCAUGGCCCGCCCUCCAAGAAAAUAAAGACUCUGUCCGCCGAAGAGCCCGCCCAAUACAGCGAUGCGGUGCGAAAGAAGCUCGCUGCCACCUCCCGUACGGGGCAGGCAUGCGACCGAUGCAAGGAGCGGAAGAUGAAAUGCGACACCGAUCCGAUUGCCUGUCAACCAUGCCGCCAGAAGGGUCUACGUUGUUAUACCACCGAUCGUGUGACGGGUCAUGCCAGAGAAAGAGGAGAGACAGACCGCGCAGAAAACGAAUUACAAUACUUGAAGGAACAAUUGGCCGCUUAUCAAAUCAGAUACGGCCCUUUGCAGCAUUCUGAGACGAAUGGCGCAGUCCAUCCGACAAUAAAAGACCCUGUGGCCGUACCGCUCGGAUUUCCUGCGACCUCUAUUCCAGAAGCGCGUUAUGUCGGCUGGCCAGCACCGGAAAAUUCUGCGCCUCUCUGCUCGGGCCCAGUCAAAGGAACCCUGGUUGAUAUCCUCGAUGGCACAAUAGACAUUGCCGGCUGGGAUAGUGAGAUGAUGCAGGAGUAUCCCAAAGAUAUCAUGAACCGGUUUAACCUGUCGAGAACAUCCAUCAUCAACACCAUCACUGGUUUCCAACGGGUGGAGGAUCCCAAGGCACCCCCAAGAGAAGAAGCACUGCGAGACGCCAAUCAUUUCCUUGUCAUCAUGUCGCAAUAUGUCCCCGUGGUACACCGGCCAUCCUUUAUGGAAGUCGUACACAAAUUCUACGACCAACCGUCUUCGCUGAGUGCGCCGGAGCGUGUCCAAUUGUUUGUGGUCUUCGCCAUCAUUGCUCACCAGUCAGCAGUGCGUAACCAUUACCACGCAGCCGAGAAAUUUGAAGACUCCCACAGAUACUUACACUAUGCGCUGGGCUUCUACCGUGAACUUUGGCAUGACAAAUCGAUCGCAUCUAUGCAAGCGAUGGCUCUCAUCAUUGUCCAUUUUCGAAAUCUGCCCAAGCCCGGGAUUUCCUGGAACUAUGUCCAUAAAGUGCUCGUCCGAGCGAUCGAAUUGGAAUAUCAUCGAGAUCCCGACAAGAUUGAGCUGCCCGAAGGCGAAGACGACCCCCUCUCAAAAGAACUGCGGAAACGGAUCUUUCAUUCCAUACUGGCAGUAUGUGUAACGACUGGUUGCAGAGUGGGUUUGCCUGCGCCGUGGCAGUUCCAGCACAUUGAUCUACCGCUUCCCAAGCCGAUCAAAGACUCGGAGAUCUCCAAGCAAGGGAUCUCUUCCGACUUAUCAGGCUUGUGUGAUUUCUGGCCAUGUCUGCAGCUUGCGAAGUUACUUCCCCUGCUAACGGAAUUGCACAAUCACGUCAUUGCCGUCAGAAAGCCUGCGGCAGAGUAUCUGCAGACCGUCGAUGCACUAAAUACGAAAAUCGUGGCCUGGCGUCAAGAUUGGGACGAAUCCAUCAAAUAUGAGUCCAAACAGGUCAACCUACACGUGGCGACCCUUCUGAUGGAGACAUGGGCGGCUGAAUACCAGUUGAACCUUUACCAUCCGGUAUGUUGUGCAAGUGACGAUCCGGAGGUCAUGGAGCGGCACCUUGAGAUCUGUCAUAAGGCCGCCAAGCGCCUUCUGCAAACCUUCCAUACCUUGUCUAGCAGGUACAAAGGUGUCGACUUUACCUGGCAUUCGACAUUGGCAUAUGCCAUGGGCUUUGGCAUCACCCUGUACGUGUAUGGAAGAAAAACGGGCCGGACGACACUCGAGCAAUUUGAAGCCAUGAGGAACGAAUUGAAAGGAUGGAUGUCGUUGAUGGCCUAUGCCGACCUCGUUUUGAGAACUGGCAACCAUUUACAGGGACUAUUCCACCAGCGUGUUCAGACUCUCGUGGAAGAGUACCGGCGGCUUCUAAUCGACAUCAAACCCUCCAAAAUACAGAUACCACUUGCCGCUGUGAACGGAUCCGGCAUGAGCCAGUACGACCUCGAGAAUCAGAAUGCGUUGCAGUAUACGGAGAACGGCACGUUGCCCGAUCGCCGGAACAGUCUUCUACCACCUAUGUUCAUUCCUGGAGGUUCUAUGCCAGCACAAAGUCCGUCACAACUAUCUCCCGCCACAUAUCAACCGCCGCAAUGGUCGCCCUUGUCGUUCGCGUUUUUGCCACAGCCGCAGGGCCAAAAUCAAGUCACUUCGCCGAGUUUCCCGGCAGCAUACUCGAAUUCAAUAACAGCUCUCUCAACGCCUGGCCAAGUCCAGGCCGUCCCUACUUCGCUGGCUUCGUUGCUUAAUGAGUCGGGCAACAUCUACGCCAAUUAUCCCACGCCGCCACAUUCCCAGAGCGGUGUGAACGGCGUCAAUGGGAUGAAUGGAGUCAAUGGAGUGCACGGCACCGAGUCGUACAUGUCUUUCCAACCGAACCACUAUUUUGACGGACCUGGACCUUUGACUUGGCCACUUAUUUCCAUGCCUCCUGGUGGACAGCCUGGCAGCCAUGAGUAGUGCAUGAUUUUUUGCCCUUGACUGUCCAAUGAUUGCACGAAGAAGAUGCUAGCUGAGAGACCCCGGAGACCCCAGGAAGGCAUGAUUGUAAAAUUUGGUAAUAUAUUGUAUAUCAUAAUUCAGAUAGCUAUCAUAUGAGAUGACAUUUGAUCUUCAGGCAUCUUUCGUGAGUAUUCCUACGCAAACACUUCCCUCACAAUCUGAGCAUACGUCGUUCCAUUGUCGCCACCACCACUUUCUACCUCGUACGCUCCGUCCCAGAACAUCGCGCCCGCAAGAUUAGGCAGGUCCAAUGCUGCAACUUGUUGCAAGAUAGAUUGGUACUCAGACACACUAACAAACCCGGACCCGGCACCUGCAAAUGCCGGCGUUCCGAUCAGCAAUCUCGGCGCUGUAA